AACACCAUCGAAAUCCAUCUGAUGAGAAUGUCACAAAUGUGGAAGGUAUGGAAGACCACAUCCAACAUAAAACUGAGGUUCGUUGGCACGAUGAUGCGGCCAUUAGCCUUGGAUCUUCAGAUCAUGUUCACGCAGGCCUUCAAGUUGCAUUUAACAACUAUAGCAUCACCAGUAGUCUGCAGAGAAUGUCAGAGACACUUUUCGUCACACAGACAUGUUCAACGAAUACAACAUGUCUGGUCGAAGACUGUCAAAGCAUGGGAACGCAAAUUGAGCUCAGUGUCCAAAGAAUCACCUCCAGUUGGUGAUGCUGUCAAGACGAAAAUGGCUGCUUCAGCCUCUGCUGGAACUCAACAGAAAUCUACUGCUAGUCAGUCUCCAGUACCUCCAUUUAUUACCCCAGAAGCACCAGUCAGCUUGCCAUUACCAACACCAGACGCAAAGGCGCAGAAAGUUCUCAAAGUAACACCAAGACCAAGAAAACGUUCCUUGGAUUACAGUUACACUGGUAAUAUCUACAUUCUGCCCAUACGAGCUAUGAAUGAAUAUCUUUUGAAACCAAGUCACCUUGAGAAAUGUCCGGUUUAUCCUCGAAGGAGUCCUUAUGAAUAUGGUCCUAAAAUCACAAUGUAUUUACGUUCUGAUGUAGAAGACAUUGCAAAAAUGUGUUGGGGGAGUUUAGAAAAUUUAGCAAAGGAGAAACAAAGAUUACUGGACCAAGAAAAGUUCUAUGAAGGAAGAUAUGACAUAUUCCAGCUUCGUGCCAUUAUUGAUCAACACAAGCAUCGAGUACGCUUAAGGCAAACUGAAUUCUCCACUGGUGAUGAUGAUUCUAGUGCUACUACUCAAGAAUCGUUUUGGGCUUCAGGGUCAAGUAAAGUUGUGGUGUCUGCAAUUUUGAUAAAUGGCUUGAACAGUUUGAUAAAGGGUCUUGCGUGGACGUACACUGGCUCUCACAGCAUGUUCUCAGAGUUCAUCCACUCCAUAGCCGAUACACUUAACCAGAUUAUCCUUGGAAUUGGUUUGUAUCAUUCCAUGCAGAAGCCAGACUCUCAUCAUCCAUAUGGCUACAUGAAUCUUCGCCAUAUUUCUUCGUUAAUCAGCGGCGUUGGGAUAUUUUGUCUUGGUACUGGCCUCUCUGUUUACCAUGGAAUUCAGGGCUUUAUUCACCCAGAGCCCUUAGGAUCCUUAACAUGGGCUAUAGCUACCUUGAUGGGAUCAUUGGUGUCUGAAGGAGCAACAUUGAUAAUAGCUGUAAAUCAAGUUAGAAAAUGUUCUCGUGCAAAGAAAAUUAGAUUUUGGGAGUAUGUGGUGCGAGGGAAUGACCCCAAUGUGAGUGUUGUGCUGCUUGAAGACAUGGCGGCAGUCACUGGGGUAAUAAUAGCGGCCACAUGUUUGGGAGUCAGCCAUUACACCAGAAGUCCAUUUGCAGAUUCCCUUGGUUCCAUCAUGAUUGGAGGCUUGCUUGGUGUUGUCGCAACUUUCAUCAUUACUACAAACACUCAAGCACUUGUUGGAAGAUCUAUCCCUGAAGAUGUACAGAAUCUAAUCAGUCAUGAUCUAGAACGAGAUAGAAUGAUUAGGUCACUACACGAUGUGAAAGCCACAGAGAUGGGAGGACAAGUGAGAUUUAAAGCAGAAGUUGACUUUGAUGGAAAGGAGAUAACUAGAGCUUAUCUGUACAAGUUGGACAUGGAACAGCUUCUGGCAGAGAUGCAUGAACUGAAGAAAGCUGAAGAUGUUGAGGCUUUUAUGCUGCUUCAUGGAGAAAGAAUCAUCGACAUGCUGGGGGAAGAAGUAGACCGUAUUGAAAAAAUACUUAAGGGAAAAUAUCCCGAAUUGCGCCAUGUUGAUUUGGAAGCUCUUUGAGAACACGAUGGUUGACAUAGAUAGUAUAUAUUCCUUAAAUUAUUUGCUUUCCAUAGUAGUGCGUUUUUGUUACAUGUGUAUCCACAACUUUCUUUGUUGGUAAAAUGUUUAAAGUGCCAUCUUGUGUGUCUUCAACUAGAACAAAGUAUACAUGCUUUAAUUAUUUGUCCCAAUGUUACUAUGUUGUAUAGUUUGAUAUGUGGCAAUGACCAGCCAAUUUCCUUACCACUAACUCGGUGUUUUUAUGCAUUUGUUAGAAAUAAACAAUAGUAAUCAUAAGAUACAUUGCUGUGUGUAUUUUGUAUAUCCAUUUCAUUGUGUCUUUGAAGCAAAAUUUGCCUCAUUCCUUUUUGUUUCCCCAUGUGCUGUUAGAUAUUCUGAUGAUUCAACAAUUUCUUAUAUUGUUAUUGUCAUCACUGAAAAUGUUGGACACCAUAUAGGUACAGGUUUAACAUGUGAUGUGAUUACAAACAGUUGCCUAAGAUCAUGGCAAUGUUGGAAAGAGCUGUUCUUCAACAAAACCAACAUACAAUGAUAAGAUGGAUGAUAGCAUCUACAAGAUCAUGUCGAACAAACUGAAUGAGAAAACUGAAUACAUUCUUAAAGAACUCCUCUAUAGCCAGUUUAGCCACAACAGGAUGUCAAUGUUAACUUGCACUUGGACUGGGAACUGUAUUAACGUGUCCCCAUCCAAUAAAAUUCAGGCACGUUUCUCUUGGGCCGGGACUCUGGCAUGGCCAGUAACUCAAUCUGGCCAGUAACUCAAUCUGGACAGAGGUGUUAACUAGGAGACAGUUGACCUGGAUAUAGCCAAACACUUUGGACAAGUUUUGAAAUGCAUUGCAUAAACUUUCUAUUGACCUCUUCUCUAUACAUAACCAUGAGAUAUUCUAUCAUUCAACUUUACAACAUGACUGUUGUUUGAACUUUGGGGAGCUUAUUAACUUGUUACUGUUAAAACAAUGUACAUGUAUUUGGAAAUAAUAGGUAACUGUUCUGUGUAAUUGGAUGUUUGUCACAUUUAUUAUUUUAUUUUGUAAUAAAAUGUUUGUUCACAUUCUAUGCAAGUGCUAGUGGUGCAAAUUUACUUUUAUCAUGAAUAUUUUUUAUUCUCAUAGACUGCAUUAGUGUGCUUGUCACACUGCUUCUUAGGAAUGUGUUAUGUCACAAUAUGUUAUGUCAGAAUAUAAUGUGUGUGAAAUUACGAUAUAAGCAUACAUUUAUUUCUUUUCAGAUAAAGAUAAUAUGGAUGUGUUACAUAAUUGUGUAAUAAAACAGUUAUUUCCCAUAUAUUGGGUAAUAAUAGGUUCUGUAAACACCUACUAAGAAUUUCUUUAAUAAUUGAUACUGACCUAUUCUAUGUUGAUGUUGAUUUCUUGGGUCAAUAAAGCAUAAUUUCCUUUA